AUGCGUUCCAUAAUGCGGGGUAUUUACGCGCCACUUCGAUUACUUUCAACAGAAGCCAGCUCUGCCCAACACACAGGACUCGUUCACGUUGAAAAACAGUUCGAAUCAGUCCCACCGUCGGAACGAAACAAAGAGGCCUUCUAUGCUGCUCUCAUUAUUUUCAAAGAGCGCCAACCCCGGAGCUAUGUCGAUUUUUUGCACUCUGCCCUCAAAUACAUGAAAGACUUUGGUGUACAUAAAGAUCUCGAGGCAUACAAGGCACUGUUAAACAUUUUUCCAAAAGGAAAACUGAUUCCGCAGAACCAAUGGCAGAAAAUUUUUCUUCAUUAUCCUCUGCAGCAAAAUUGUUGUGUGAAAGUGUUAGACGAAAUGGAAUGGCAUGGUGUCCAACCUGACAAAGAGACACACGAUAUUGUCGUAAAUGCUUUUGGAGAGUGGAAUUUUGCAACAAGAAAAGUGAAACGAAUGCUUUAUUGGAUGCCAAAGUUGCGUCAUUCAAAUAAAUACUUGGAUCGUCGCUUAUUAGAGAAGGGGCCGUUAUCUCAAGCAGACUUGGCUGGCCUGCUACUUCGGACAAUUAGCCGGGAUCCUGGGUCUAAAUUGCAUCUUUGGAAAUCUCCAAGUACGUCAAAUAGCGUAAAUAAUGAAUGGAUAGCCUAUUCACAAUCCAUUCUGCAGAAGAAUCUCAUUUCUCGCCUUGACCCAAUGACUGAUAUAUUUAUUGACGGACCUUUUCUUUCGUACGUGAUGGAUAAACCCGUAAAAUAUGUUACGAUAAAGUGCUUACCUGAUGGCGCUCUACAAGACUUCCAACCUAAAGAAGAAAAUGAUGAUUACGCUAACUGGUUUCAAGAAUGGACGGAGUCGCGCACAUUCCGUCGAACGAUCCAUGAACAAAAGAACGAAACAAUACUUGGACUCGCCUGUUUGAGCACAUUUAACAACGCGAUGGCGCAAAGGCUUGUUGAACUUUUGAAUGCACAUACACCGAAGUUAAGUGAAAUGAAUAUUCGGCUCCGUUUGGAUAAA